GGGCGGCGGCGUACUCGGGGGCGGUGACGCACACGCUCUCCACAGCGCUGCUCGCCUUCGAAGCCACCGGUCAGAUCGCGCACAUCCUCCCGGUGAUUCUGUCGGUUCUCAUCGCCAACGCCAUCGCCCAGAAAUUUCAGCCGUCCUUCUACGACGGAACGAUCAUCGUGAAGAAGCUGCCGUACCUGCCGCGCAUCCGCAGCCGCCAGAUAAACUCCUUCAAGGUGAAGACCAAGGAAUAUAUGAAGACGGACAUCGAGGUGCUGCCCCGCGACGCCAGUUUCGACCAAGUCCUCCAGAUAGUUACAUCGUCGGACGACACGGAGUUCGCGGUGGUGGACAAUGUAGAGGCGCGCGUCCUGGUCGGCACGGUGAAGAGAAGUCACCUGAUACGUUUUCUGGAGUCGCACGAGUCCAACCAGACACCCAGGGGCCCGGAGGACAAGUCUCCGUGCGGUGGGAGCCUCGGUGAUGGAUUCACCAUUGAUCCGGUCGCUUUCCAGCUCUCGUCGUGGACGUCCUUACACGAGGCCCACCACCUCUUCGUGCUGCUCAAUCUGCAGUUCGCCUUCGUCACCGAAUACGGGAAGAUUGUCGGCUGCGUCACCAGGAAGGAGAUGAGGGAAGCUAUUGAGAACCUCGCCAACCCCAAAUGAAGCGGCCAGAGAUUGUGGGGGGCCGGGAAGGUGUCGUCCCAAAAAAAUGAGGAUGGAACUGGGUCAUGUGACCGCCAGUCUGACCCACAGAAAAUCACAGUACUUAAUGCAGAGUUUCCCAACCAAUCUGCCUCCAGCUGUUGCAAAUCUACAACUCCCAGCAUGCCCGGACAGUUGGCUGUCCGGGCAUGCUGGGAGUUGUAGUUUUGCAACAGAUGAAGGCUGCAACUGGGGGGGGGGGGGGGGACGUUUAUAGCAAUGUCGUCUAUCUCCUGUUCUCUGUGCUGGCUGCAGUAAGAAAGUAAGUUCAGCCAUAACCCGGUGAUUGAAGGGGUUAUCCAGGAAAAAACUUUUGUUUUAUAUAUCAACUGGCUCCAGAAAAUUAAACAG